UGCAAGUACCGGUUGGAUUUACCCUUUAAAACUUGUGUGGGAGUACCUUUUCUGACAAGUCGCCAUGAAUGUGACAAGCUUGUUUUCCUUCACGAGUCCAGCUGUUAAAAGGCUGCUGGGGUGGAAGCAGGGGGAUGAAGAGGAGAAAUGGGCAGAGAAAGCUGUCGAUGCCUUAGUUAAAAAACUGAAGAAGAAAAAAGGAGCAAUGGAAGAGUUGGAGAAAGCAUUAAGCUCUCCAGGUCAGCCCAGCAACUGUGUUACAAUUCCUCGUUCAUUAGACGGCAGACUUCAAGUUUCUCAUCGGAAGGGGCUACCCCAUGUAAUUUAUUGUCGUGUGUGGCGCUGGCCAGACCUGCAGAGCCAUCAUGAACUUAAACCGCUGGAAUGCUGUGAGUUUCCCUUUGGUUCAAAGCAGAAGGAAGUCUGCAUCAAUCCCUAUCAUUACAAGCGGGUGGAAAGUCCUGUUCUUCCUCCAGUGCUUGUUCCAAGACACAGCGAAUACAACCCUCAGCACAGUCUCCUGGCUCAGUUUCGCAACUUGGGGCAAAAUGAACCUCACAUGCCACUCAACGCGACUUACCCAGAUUCCUUCCAGCAACCCAACAGUCACCCGUUCCCUCAUUCACCCAACAGCAGCUACCCAAAUUCCCCUGGGAGCAGCAGUGGCACCUAUCCUCACUCACCUGCCAGUUCAGACCCAGGAAGUCCCUUUCAGAUGCCAGCUGAUACACCCCCUCCUGCUUACCUGCCUCCAGAAGAUCAGAUGACACAGGACGGUUCACAGCCAAUGGACACCAAUAUGAUGGCACCGCCAAUUCCUCUAGAAGUAAACAGAGGAGAUGUUCAAGCAGUGGCUUAUGAAGAGCCAAAACACUGGUGCUCUAUUGUCUACUAUGAGCUCAACAAUCGUGUUGGAGAAGCAUUUCAUGCCUCUUCUACAAGUGUUUUGGUGGAUGGCUUCACCGAUCCUUCAAACAACAAGAACAGGUUUUGCCUAGGGCUCCUUUCUAAUGUUAACCGGAAUUCUACCAUUGAGAACACCAGAAGGCAUAUUGGCAAAGGAGUUCACCUGUAUUAUGUUGGUGGAGAAGUUUAUGCUGAGUGCCUUAGCGACAGUAGUAUUUUUGUGCAAAGUCGAAACUGCAAUUACCACCAUGGCUUCCACCCAACCACGGUUUGUAAAAUUCCGAGCGGCUGCAGUUUGAAAAUCUUCAACAAUCAAGAGUUUGCUCAGCUUCUGGCUCAGUCAGUGAACCACGGCUUUGAAACAGUGUACGAACUCACAAAGAUGUGCACUAUCCGUAUGAGCUUUGUUAAAGGUUGGGGAGCAGAAUAUCACCGGCAAGAUGUCACAAGCACACCCUGCUGGAUUGAGAUACAUUUGCAUGGUCCCCUUCAGUGGUUGGAUAAAGUCCUUACCCAGAUGGGCUCUCCUCAUAACCCAAUCUCUUCUGUGUCUUAAAGGAUUCUGAGCAGCUACACUCGUGAAACUAUUGAGCCUUGCAUGUACUUGAAGGAUGUAUGAGUCAGACACAUGUACAAAACUGGCAGCAGCCUUUAUCAUACUUGACUUCUGUGACCAACUGUUAGAUCAGGAAAAAAGCCGAUAAUAAGUUGUUGGUAUCAAGAUUUUUAGUUUACAUAGUAAUAUUCUCUUGCAGGUCUUUUCUGCAGGGCAGUGUGUAAUAGUUAGGGAUGACCAAGUCAAUGUAAUCUAGGCCACUGUUCUCAAGCUCGUACACGUGC